GUACCAAAGAAAGCUGAAAGCUGCAACAGCCAUGGCUUAUGUCACACGUAACGGAGCUGGGUUUCUCAAACUCCAGGUAUCACGGGUCUAACGCCCGACUUGACAUAGGCUAGGCAUGGGGGCAUGCCUCACAAUCGGUUCCCAGGACUCUGAUCUGUACAAGCUGGAGAUGCCAGGCACCAACAUCCACUCCUACGAGAAUGCCAACCCCAUCUACCUGGAGAAGAUCCUGCUGGACCAAGUGGAUGAUGACGGGCAAAACUCCCUGGAUGAAAAUGCUGUGGAUCCUGGGCAACCGUUUGAUGAGCAGGAGGUUUCUAUGAAUAUCUUCCCUGAGGAUAAAGAGUUCACAAACAGUCUUUCUUCUACUGACCUCUAUCUUAAAGCAGCACUCAAUGAACAUGAGACAUCUCGGAACCUGAAAAAUCAUGACAUGUCCAAGAAGUUUCAGCACACAAAUGGGAAGCUGAAGAUUACCAAUGGGCAUGCACAUAAGGACAAUGAUGUCAUUACUACACGAAAUGUUGAUGGUUUGCAGACAACAGAAAUCUAGGGAUAUUAAUGUAUUAUUUAUGAAAACAGAUGUCAGAGGUGUUGAAUCUUUAGCUAUCUAUGUGUGAUGACUGUUUUCAUUAUAACCAUAGCUGUUUAUACCUUUUCUAGCUCAACACAAACAAGCCAUCGAUGAUGAGUUGGUGUCUAUGGUAUGCUACCAUAAGAGCCCACUCAGUAUUUUUAUAUGAGUUUGAUGAUGAUUAUGAUGAAUUACAUGAUGUCUUUAAGUUCUUAUGAGAGUGUGCCUGAAACUGCAACACUUGAGACUUUCCAUUAUUACCACAUAUGAAUGUUCAUGAUGAGUGUUGUGCUCCAACAGUGCUUUCAAGAAACUGGACAUGUGUUCAACAUAAAGAAUGAUAUUAUUUUGUGCUUCAUUCUUGUACCUGGUACGGUAAUUAUGUGUCUGGUGGUAGAGAUGGUAUGUGAUAUUGUGUCAGAAUACAACCUUCAAUACAUCUUGUCACAGAAACACUUCAUGCCAUGCAGUAAUUGCCACAAUGGUAAGAAAGUGGCAGUCAGUCACUUAUCAACAUGAACUUUGGAGUGGUUUAGAAGUGGUGUGACAAAAUAAUCAGCAAAAUGGACAAUCAGUGAUGUGUCGAGAAAGUUGAAGACAAUAUGGACACAGGGAAAUCGUGAACAUCACAUUGUGGUAUCCUCUGUGUUGUUAUGACCAGAAUAUUUGUGCUGCACAGGAUGUGACAUGGAUGCCAGAUGCCAGUCAGUCACUGGAGACCCAGCAGUAAGGGUCAGCGGUCCUGAUUGAAUCCUUGGACAUGAGAAUCUAGAAAACAUCGAAGUGAAUAUGCUUUAACAGAUGUGAACGGAUUUGGAGUAGAGAUGGGAAAUGUAUAAUGUUGAUUAACUAGUUGACCACCUCAGCAUGUUGCAUGGCCUGAUAGAGUCCUGAUGCCCAUGAUACACUGAGUCAUUGUUAGAGUGUGCCUCAAAGAGUCAAGGUAUUGCAUGUACGGGGAUAUACAGUUGAAGACUCAAGAGCAUCGAAGAGUAUGCAUCCAGACUACUAUCAAAGUUGUGAGAAGAUGGAACACUAGCAUGUAUUGGCAGAUAAACCUACAGCACAGCCUUCAGACAAUCACAAACCUUGCAUACAGAUUAAGUCUGUGGUCGGCCAAGAUGAACAACGGCACAUGCUACAUAAGGCUGAUUAGGUUUGUGGAUGUGUAACAGUUACGGUGUGAGAAAUGAAUAUGCUUCUUCAUGGUGGUAGGAUGUGAGAAUGUGAAUCUGCAUCAAGGUGUAAAAUAGGAUGACAAUAGAACUUGAUGCAUCAAUGUUUUAUACAAAAGGCACUUUGUAUGAAUAUAAUUUGAAUUGUGAUAUCUUGUUUAUAGCAAUCUCUUUAAUGUACUAUAUGACAUCAUGUAUAUGUACUCAGGAAUGGUGCAUGCUUUCAGUGAAACUAUUAUUCAGUCUUUUUAAUCAGCCGUAACCUGAACCGUGUUGGGUGUGUGGUUGAUUUCUGUUCUUUGUUCUUGUCAGUUCCAAGAGUUGCAUAAAAAAUGUCAUGAUCACUAAGUAAUCUUUUGUACUUUAAAAGUGGAAAAUAUUAAAUAUUGUGUUGUACUGAAGUAUUGAUGCAGACCUUAUUGUGUUUAAACAUUGUGUCUUAUAACAACAAAGAAAAUCAAAACCAAUGAAUGUGAUUGCAUUCCAUGUCCAUUAACAUUGACUUGCCACAUAUUUUCAUAUUUGUCUUGACAAUGAAACUGAAUCUUGUUGAUUUCCUCCAUGUGUAUAGACAUGUAUAUAAUAGGUCCACUCUGUUACAUAUUUUUGAUGAACUAAGUUCCAUAUAUUUUAUAUACAAAUAUAGUAUGUAUAUACUAUAUAAAAAGAACCAAACUGAAUUUUGGGUUAAGAAUAUAGAUAUUUAUAUAUAUAUAACUGUUUAAGCAUUUUGGAAUUUCAGUUGCACAGAUAACAUACACAAUAAUUCAGUGAAUAUAUGUACUUAUCACCAAGUAAUAAUAGAUGUAAAUAAUGAGAUUAUCUGUACUGAUAUCAUGUAUUGUUUUGUUUGUGUAUAUACACAGUACAAGUGAAGAGCAGCCAGUAUAUAGACCCAUGUGAUAUGAAACGAAAUCCACCUUGCUUGCUUUUAUAUAGUCAGGUUUUCAUUUAUAACUUUAGGAAUUAUUAUUGUAUACACAAGACUUUCCGUUUUUCAUCAAUAAUGCUUUGGAAUUAUGGGAUUUUAAUUAUUUUCAUAAUUAUGCUUUGUUGAUUUGGAUGUUGAUCAUCAUUUUACAGUGAAAAAUUACUAUCUGAUACUACUGUGUUAGUUUAUUCGUUUGAAAUUUGGAAACUUUUUUCCUGUAACAUUUUUACUAUUGACUAUUUAAUUGAUAUCUUUUAUUAGUAUUUAUUUCUCUCAUGCCCUAAAGACUUUAAUUAUACUUUGCUUGUACAUACAUGUAGUAGGGUAUUGAUUUAUGUACUCAUCAAUCAUUGUACAUAUCCAUUUAUCUUAAACCAAGCCGGCCUUGGUUGUUGAUGCACCACUCUGAUUGUACCAUCUUGUGCAUAUUGUGUCGAGAGUUAGGUGAUCUAUUGUCUACAAAGCUCAUUGAAGACUUGAGACUGGGUGUUAUCUAAAUAGAUGUGUCAUACAUAUUCGACAUGUUUGAGAUAUGACUCACUGUUUUGCACACAGUAUCCUGUUUACCUUGCCCACCUCAUUCAUGAUCAAAAUGUAUUAUUUCUGUAGCAAGAUAGAGUGGAAAAUAUCUCCAGUUAACGUGCUGAGGAAUAUGUAAGCAUCAUAGCUUGCUGGAUAUUUGAUAAUGUACUCAUUAAUUAUUCACUCCAAAGGCAGAAUCAAGUAAAUUCUGGAGGAUGAACAGUAGUUCCUACAUGGAUACAAAAAAUAUUAGGAAUGAAUGGAAUGAGGUUGGAAUCAGCAUUUUCACAUUUUUGUACACUUGCCUCAAUGUAUUGCAGGUAAUGAGUUAAGUCCUGUGAUAUUUCUGGUAAGUGUGUAAUUUAUUUCCACGGUAUUGUGUUUCUUGCCACUGAAGCUACAAGUUCCUAGUCCACCAGUAUAUAGCCCAAUGAAUGCCUCCCUAGUCUCUCAGCAUUGUCUCAGUGAAGAGCCAGAGCUAUGCAUUUACUGUAUAUGAUUUACAUAAAUCCUGUAGCUUAUUCAAGUAAUAUCCAAAGCAUUAAGAAGACUUAGUUUGAUAGCAUUAUAUACAUGAAGAUUGGCUUAAUGAGUGAAGCUGCUACAUGUGUGACAACUUGCAUUAAUCACAGCAUGAUAACACUGAUACACUGGAACCAAGUGAUUUAGAUUUAGCUUCUGGGAGGGGGUGUUUACUACUGAUUGACAAUGUUAUUGUUUGAAAGUGUGUCAUAUCACAUAAACCUGCAGCCACUGUUUGGAUAAAUAUUUGUUAAGUCAACAUCUAAAUAUAAAUAUUGAGAUUUAAAUCAGUCUUGAUUAUCAGCCAAAACGGAAACGCCUUGUAUGUAGAUAUACAGCAUAUGUAUUUAACAGUAAUGCUUGAUGUUAGUCGUAACUUUGAAUUAAUGUUAUUUGACCUUUAAUCAUGGAUUGUUACAACUGAUGACUUAAGGUUCCACAAGUAUUUAUCCAAUGGCUAAGACAAUGAAAACAUCAUUCCGUUUACCCUAGUGUAUUGAAAUCAUUGAUGCCUCAGUGAUUUAUGUUGAAAUGUGUGGAAAAAGGACAGAUUCUGAGAGAUUUGUUGUCCAUAUGUUGUUAUGGUAACUAUGCAUCAUCCAUUGUGAUUCACAUUGUUAAGAAUAAAUACUGUAAAAUAA